UCCUAACUCACAUUCAUACCAGCCAGGGGCGGACUGACAACUCAUGGGGCCCCCGGGCAAUAGGGGAUCAUGGGGCCUCUGUGUCCUUGCCCAAACUCAAAAAAGCCUAUGAAAAAGGUACCAGGGGCAUCUCAUACUGACCCUGGGCCCCUGGGCAGUGCCCGAGUUUCCAAAUGGUCAGUCUGCCCCUGCUACCAGCAUAUCUUUGGAGUGUGGGAGGAAACUGGAGCACCCAGAGGAAACCCACGGAGGCAC